UCUGUGCAGAUAUGUUCCAGAGGAGCUACUUUGAAUAUUGCUUAUGCAAGCACACAGAGGACACAAUGUCUGAAGUUGACCCUUUUUGCUGUCCAGCCUGUCAACCUGAUAUGUUGGCAGUAUGCUGUGAUGGCAACCGGAAACAUUAUCGUUUCAAAAAGUCAAGGGGAACUGAGGAACCCUCUUUAUAUGAGGGCUUGUUCAUAGCCAAAGACGAUGAAGUUCUGGCCUUUCAGGAGAAUAUCAGAGGAAGCAGCGGGGCAAGAGCAAAUGACAAUGGGACAUGUGGGGUGUCAAGGUUCAGGGCAAGUAAGGAGGCCUCAAAGAAAUCUUCCUCAAAAAUUGAUGAAGAGGGCAUACAGGUGGCAGUCUGCAGACAUGGGAUAUUAUUGCGAGGACUGAACCACUACCGUGGCGAAAUAUUUGCCUACCCCAUGUUUUUGCAGAAAGAAUUGGGAGAGAGGGCAAAUGUCACUUUCUUCUGCAUGGAUGUUGUCUGCAGGUACUGGCCCUACCUAAGCAAAGUGGUUGAUGAGUUUCCAGAUCUUCAGCCUUUGAUGCAUAUGAGACCAUUUCUCAGUGUAAUGCACGCCAAAGCAUAUACAGCAAAAUGCGAGGACUCUUAG